GACUGACCUUGAAAAAGGUCAUGCGUCUUUUUGUUUUGAAUUUUCUCAAUGUCAAUAUUAAUCUGAUCAUUCUUGUAGCCCCUCUCCUUGAAUUUACUUUGCGUCUCAGCCAUAUUUCUGUCGAAAUCUGAAUGUUUUUUGCAAAUUGUUUUGAUUCGACAGAAUUGGCUGUAGGGCAAACUAUUUUUCAAGGGAAGUGGGUGACAACUGUCAGCCCUCAAACUGUUACGAUCACUGUUAUACACUACAGUACUGUCCUUUACAAUACACUGUUAUACACUACUGUACUGUCCUUUACAAUCACUGUUAUACACUGCUGUACUGUCCUUUACAAUCACUGUUAUACACUACAGUACUGUCCUUUACAAUACACUGUUAUACACUGCUGUACUGUCCUUUACAAUACACUGUUAUACACUACAGUACUGUCCUUUACAAUACACUGUUAUACACUGCUGUACUGUCCUUUACAAUACACUGUUAUACACUACAGUACUGUCCUUUACAAUACACUGUUAUACACUACAGUACUGUCCUUUACAAUACACUGUUAUACACUACUGUACUGUCCUUUACAAUCACUGUUAUACACUGCUGUACUGUCCUUUACAAUACACUGUUAUACACUACUGUACUGUCCUUUACAAUACACUGUUAUACACUACAGUACUGUCAUUUACAAUACACUGUUAUACACUACAGUACUGUCAUUUACAAAACACUGUUAUACACUAUACACUACUGUACUGUCCUUUACAAUCACUGUUAUACACUGCUGUACUGUCCUUUACAAUACACUGUUAUACACUACUGUACUGUCCUUUACAAUACACUGUUAUACACUACAGUGCUGUCUUUUACAAUACACUGUUAUACACUACAGUACUGUCCUUUACAAUACACUGUUAUACACUACAGUACUGUCCUUUACAAUACACUGUUAUACACUGCUGUACUGUCCUUUACAAUACACUGUUAUACACUACUGUACUGUCCUACAGUGCACCACAUUUUGUUACAUUACAACCUUAUUCUAAAAUAAAAAUAA